GCCGUCUACGUCAUGCAAUCGGUCAGCCCACUGCGCUGUCUCGAGCGUCCUGCAGAUGCGCAUGUUAUGAGGCUGGGGGGAACGGCCGAGGUGCUGGCCAUGAGGUAUCGCAUGUUUUAUUAUCGUGAGAUCAAUUGACAGCGGCCGGAAGUGACAUAUAACUAAUACAUUACCCUUUCCUGCUCAUCCCUACCCGUCCCUACUUGCAGCCCUGAUUACCUUUGUCCAAAAAAUGAAGAUCAUUCUCUCAGUCAAUGCUGGCUCCUCCUCGGUUAAGAUCUCUGUUUAUUCCGCCUCGCGGAACCAGAAUCCCACCCAGAUCGCCGAGCUGCAGGUCAGCGGGCUGACAGCCGCGCCGCCGACGCUCGACUACUCGCGCGGCGGCACGACAGUCAUCAAGCACCGCGAGGUGAAGGACAAGAUCGACAGCCAGGACGAUGCGUUUGAGCUGCUCCUCAGGACCCUAACCGAUGACAAGGAGCUCGCCGAGAUCUCGCGCAAGGAAGACAUUAGCAUCGUGAGCCACCGCAUCGUGCACGGUGGCGACUUCGCCCGCUUGGAGGUAAUCAGCCAUGAAACGUAUAACAAGCUGGAGGCGCUCAACGACUUGGCGCCACUGCACAACGCCAGUGGUCUCGAGAUCGUCAAGAGCUGCAUGCGCGUGCUCCCCGGCGCCACCAAUGUCGCCUGCUUCGACACCCAGUUCCACGCCAGCAUCCCCGAGCACAUUCGCACCUACCCGAUCAACCAGGACAUCGCGAGGAGCAACAAACUGCGCAAGUACGGCUUCCACGGCAUCAGCUACGCCUUCAUCACCAGGUCCGUAGCCCAGUUCCUGGGCAAGAGCGUCGAUGACACCAGCAUCAUCGCCUUGCACCUCGGCUCCGGGGCCAGCGCCUGCGCCAUCAAGGGCGGCAAGAGCUGGGACACCAGCAUGGGCCUCACUCCGCUGGCAGGCUUGCCGGGCGCAACGAGGAGCGGGAGUGUCGAUCCGAGCCUCGUCUUCCACUACGCCUCAGACGUAGGCAAGUUAUCCCCCUCAUCAACCAAGGAACUCCACAUCUCGCGGGCCGAGGAGAUCCUCAACAAAGAAUCCGGUUGGAAGGCCCUAGCCGGCACGACCGACUUUUCCGCCAUCGCCGCCGCCGCCUCCUCCUCACCCACCGAUGACAACGACGACGACGACGACGACGACACGGCCCGCCGCCGCCUCGCCUUCGACCUCUUCGUCGACCGCGUCCUCUCCUUCGUCGGCACCUACUACGUCUCCCUCCGCGGCUCCGUCGACGCCCUCGUCUUCGCCGGCGGCAUCGGCGAGCGCAGCGCCCCGCUCCGCGCCGCCGUCGUCGACGGCGUCGCGUGCCUCGGCUUCGACGGCAUCGACUCAACGAAAAACGAGGCCGGCGGCGACGGCAGCGUUGUAUGGGACGUCGGGGCGGCCGGAGACGGCGGCAAGGAACACAGGGUCCUGGUCUGUCGGACUGAUGAGCAGUUUGAGAUGGCGAGGUCUUGCGCGCAUGACGGGGAGUUAUGGUGAAAAGGGGUUAGGUUCCUUCAGCUGGAGGUCGAACGUAGACCGGGACCCAGGGAUACGUACUAAUAGAUAUUCCAAACCUUUCCUGGGAUUUUCCGCGCAGGAAAAUGUAAUCUACUUUACAAUGCCAUACGCUGAAUUAAACUGGAUGUAAUAUAAUUCACCCGUAAAGAUAAGGUGACCCAAGAGUCACCAUUUCUACAAGCGGAAUAGCAUCACAAAGUGUUCACGAGUAUAUCACCAGCAGGUUUUAGCAAAAAUCUUAUAAAAAC